AUGGCAUGCAUGCUGUUUUUUUAUUCACGCACUUCGAUACAGGCCGCUCGUCUGAACGCACAGAAGCAUCGCGAGGCCGAUGGCGGACAGCUCAGCUGGCGGAAUGAGUCGCUUCGACGACACGGCCAGAUGGAAAAAAUCGUGGACGGGGAUCACAAACUCAUCAGAGAAGCGUUUAGAGACACGCCCGUAACAUCGAAGGACAUUGCGCGCGAAAGGGCGGAGAGAGGCGAAGGGCUUGUGGUCGCAUCUGGACUCUCGGACAGUGAGCAAGCAAAAGCGUUGGAAAAGUACAAGAAGAAGCAACGGCAAGCGUCUGGAAUAGACGAUUAG